GAGAAGGAAGGCGCCAUGGUCUCCCGGCUGGCGGUUCUGCUCCUUCUAGGGCUUUGGCUGGACCCACACACGGAGGGGGAGGCAGCCGUAUAUAUAGACACAACUCCUAAGAUCUGGAUAAAGCCUGAAUCCGCAUCCACGCCCUGGGCCAACGUAUCCCUUCAGUGCCUGUCGAUUAAUAUUCUGGGAAGUACGUUCGAGCUGUUGAAGGAUGGGAAACGCUUCGCUUCGCUUCCUAUCCUUCAUCCCAUUGUCACGUUCCCACUGGGGCCAGUGACAGCGGACAACAAGGGCACUUACCAGUGCCACAUCCAAAAGAAAAAAAGCUGGAGUUUAACGAGUGCCCCGGUGGAGGUGACGGGGACAGAGCCCCUCCCAGCACCCUCCGUCAGGACUGAGCCCGGACCUUGGAUCCUCCACGGCGUGGACACUCAACUGCACUGCCAGGGGCCACUGCUGGACAUGACCUUUGACUUGUACCAAGAAGGAGAGCAGAAGCCUGUGGCCAGCUCCCUCCCCCCGGAAUCAGAAGCCACCUUUCUCAUUAAGAGCCCCGGAAACUACACCUGCCGCUACCGAGCACCCACAGCGGCACCCACGGCGGGCUCAGCGCCCAGUCAGACCGUCCACUUUGUGGUGCCAGAUUCCUUGCCAAAACCUUCUUUCCAAAUUCGGGAGGAUGAUCUGAUCUUCAGGCCCGGAGCAUCCGUGACCUUCCGGUGCCGGGGAAAGUUCCCGGGGCUGGCCUUCGAGCUGUACAAGGACGGGAAGGAGGUCUUUGUGUCCCACUUGUCUUCAACGGACCCUCUGCAUAUCGACUUCCACCUGGAGGACCUGAAACCCGGGGCCGGGGGCAAAUACUACUGCCGCUACCGCUUCAGAGACGGGCCGUCCAUCUGGUCGGAAGACAGCUCCUCCGUGGAGCUCAUCCUGACCACAGAAACCCUGCCCAAGCCGACCCUGUGGGUCCAGCCCCCGGACGCCGUGAUCGCUCCCGGGACCAACGUGACCCUGCGGUGCCUGGGGGCCCGGCCCAACGCCAGGUUCGCCUUGCUGAGGCAGCACAGCAGCCGGCCCCUGCAGGUCCUGAGCGUCCCCGGCCCGGAGGCUGACUUUGUCCUCCGCGAGGUCUGGGACUUUCACUCGGGCAAUUACAGCUGCCUCUACUUCGAGACCGCCGCCCCCUUCGCCGGGGCCCCAACGAGCGACUACGUGGAGCUCGUAGUGGAUGAAAUAUCCUAGGAAAAACUAGAACCUCGGGAACGAGUGAAUUAUCGUGGCUGGAAGCCGAGAUCCCCAGAACGCAGGACGGAGCCCGAGCCCCACAGCUCCUCAAGAACAAUGACAAACACAAGAGCUUUUCCCCGGCCUAUUAAUCAGCCUCGGAAAAUAAAAGUGAUUUGCUCUUUC